CGUCGAUCGUAUCAUAAUAAUAAAAUCGAUAUAAUGUUACACCUAACGCUAUGUAUUCUAGCGGUCGCUAAUGCACUCGCAUUACCCGCGAACCAAACCUUCGAACCCAGCAUUGCAAACAACGUUGUUUCCUCGAUACGGCUCCGAACCUUGAUUGUCGGCUCUACCAGCGAUGCUGUAAUCCUACCUGAGAAUGUUGUUCAGGGAUAUGGAGCACCAUACGAUAUAAUUCUUGGCUCACAGCCACCAUUGGAUGGCGACGACUGGCAUUCAAUAGUGGUAGCGGAUAGUGGUGUAAAUAACACUUGGGUUCGUGAGUAUGCCGCCCGAACACAUGCACGUAUUGUGUUUUUGCAAUCCGUAGAGGAUGCUCAAGAUGCAGAACUCCUUGGUGUGGACAGUGUCCCCACACCCAUUUCAAAUGUCACCGUAGCAGAUACCGACAGCGCCAGAUACCUGGCGGGUGUAUUUAACACAACAUCUAGUUGGAAUGUGUCGGAGAUUGCACCUAUGGCCGUAUCUGUUCUUAAUACCAGUAUAGCCACUCCUUAUUUGGUAUUUGACAAUGCCAACAAAACAGCUGAUUUAUCAGCAGCCGCCUUUGUUACCAAUACAACGCUAGGUACCCAGGAAAUGCAUUUCCGCUUUCGUGCUAACGAGGCUGCGUUGACUGCCGAUUUCGAGCCAUUUUAUACCUUGCCUACCGAAUUCACUCAAAUGAAUUUAGCUCUAGGACACAGUUGGUUCGAGUGGGUAACCAGAGGUGUGUUCCUUGGUUAUCGUCGUCUGACACUUAACAUUCAUGUCGAUGACUGGUUUAUCAACUCAGCAAUCAGGUAUACUGACGAAAUUUAUAGAAUUAAUAGCAGCGAUGUUGAAACUUAUGUAGAAUGGAGAAAGAAUUUCCAUGACAAUGUUCUUCCCACUGGAUCUGAAUUCAAAUUGGAACCUGCAUACAAUGGCGCUGGACUGGGUAUGACCGGCUAUAAUGAUACUUCCUUAAAUGAGGCCACAUAUACGUAUGCUGACGAAUUCAACUGGGUGUCCCACACCUGGUCACACAUGAACAUGGAUUGGCUGGAAGACUGGCAGUGUGAUGGUCAGCAUAAGGUGUGCCAUCCACUGCCUGAGCACUACGAUGCUGAGCUUGGUUAUAAUCAGAAAGUGGCUAGGGGAGAGGGCAUUGCUUCCGAUGAAUAUAUUGAGCUGUAUUAUGGUGAAGAUGCAACCCCACCUCAUCAAUUCCUCGACAAUCGCACAGAACUCAUGCAGUAUCACUACUCUGUUAAAUCUCUAGUUACUCCUGAGAUCUCCGGUUUGUGGCCCGCCUCCUACAAUGGAACACCGCCAACUGGGCGGGUUCCGUAUCUCAAGAACACUUUAUUCUUCUCCAAGCUGGUAGAGUACGGGAUCGAGAAUGUUGUUGGUGACAACAGUCGUCCUGAACUCAACAAUGAAUUAAUGUACCAUGGAGUUUUCAGCACAGUGGAAGAGUACGGUUAUGAUGGUAUUCUUAUCGUCCCUCGCUGGAGUCCCAACAUCCCAUUCAAUUGCAAAACUCUAGAGUGCGCUGUGCAGUUUUAUGAUACAGAGGGUGCCUGUUCAUGGACCACGUACGGUCCCGCAUGCGACCCGGAUAAAGUGUGGGACGGACCUGGUGUCAUCAACCGCGAGGCUAAGGCCAGUACUAUUCCUCUUCUACAGCAACGUUGGGACCCGUAUAUGUUCCAUCAAAGUAAUGUUCACGCACAGCCCUACCGUGGCGGAUUCGCUCCUUUGGUUGGCCAGUUUGUCCAAGAAGUGGCCGAGGAUGUUCUGCGUUAUAUCACCGGCUUGCCAUUUGUGAGCAUCAAGAUGGACGACUUAGCUGUGAUGUACAGGGAGCGUAUGACCCGAGACGAUGCUAAGCAAUACGGAACACUUCAGAUGAAUGCCGCUGGUGAACCCGUCAGUGUUUCAGUAUCCGGCUGUGAGGACUUCAAUUCAGUUGUAACAAUCACAACCAAUUCCCCACUAUCCUUUGCAGAGCAGGUGAAUGUGACCUUAUAUGGAACGGACGUGAGCGCUUUCAAACUAGUGACGCCAGAUCAACCCGCUGUCUUCAAUGUUACUGGGUCUAUAAUCUAAUCAAUAUUCAGUACAUUACUCAGUACAUAAUAAUUGGUUAAAUUUUCUCUAUAAAAAUAUUUUGCAGUAGUGUGCAAGCACUAUAUAAAAUAAC